AUGCCGAACCUAUGCAAAAGAACUCACUAUGAUAUUGUCCAGGAGAACUUCCGCGCUUGUGACGCCCCAACAAGCUCCAAGAGAGCUCGAAUCAGCGCCAAAGAUGCGGCUGGGUCGUGCUACGGAGACAAUGAUGUUGCGAUGGUAGACUUGGUGUCGCCAGGCCCGUUUGAAAAUAUCUGCUACGGCGCUAUGUGUGACGCCAAGGCACAAAUCGAUGCUACCGCCAUACCAAAGAAUUUCCAUCUCCCAUGGAACCGUUUCCAUAUCUUCAACCUCAUUGCCGGCAAGGACAAUUACCACUUGACCCUCAGUGAUGGGCAUGGAAUCGGCAUUCUGGACCAGAUUAGGGCGAGACAACUCAGAUCACUGGAGAAGUUCUCAAGUCUCACAUUUAGGGCUAUUUGUCCAAUGUCGACCCUUGGCCGGGCCAGCGGAAAGAAGCGCAUCAUCGACAUUUCUGUUAAUAUUUUAGGGCCCGAAUAUUUGACCGAUGCGGUGGGAGAUGCACUUGCAGCCGCAUCUGCCUAUCUCCAGCAUCCCUGUUUCCUCGAAUCCGGCGUCAGAUACAUCAAUCCCCAUUACUUCUGCUUUGGCGAAGAACUCGCUGACAUGAGGGCACAUAUUGGCCCGGUGAAAACGGAUCCCAAAUCCUCACAAGCCAGUGAAGAACUCAACCGUCUUCUGGAUUCUCUCGAUUGCACAUCCGCCAUUCCUGCCAACGAAGGUAGCGAAAUCGAGCAAAGGCUUAUCUUGACCCCACUGAAGAGUCACCAGAAAGAUGGCGUUAGAUUCAUCCUGAAGAGAGAGGAUCGUCACUUUUGCCACUCGACGGCAUCAGAGAUCCGGGGUUUGAUUGGACCACGGUUCUUCUCAAACUCGCCCGAGCUAUGCCUAGGCGGCAUCAUUGCCGACGUCAUGGGACUUGGCAAAACAUUGACGACUCUAGCGGCGAUUGCUUGUUCGAAGCCAGCUGCUCAAGACUUUGAGACGAACCUCGACUCGCCUCCUCCCAGGCCCACGAGAGCAACUCUGAUUGUUGCAACUUCGCAUCAAGUUCUAAAUGUCUGGCUAUCUGAGAUUGAGAAACAUUUGAAGCGAGGAGCCUUGAGAACCGCAAUAUUUCAUGGCGAUGAUCGUGCCAAGAUCACCCAAGACCUUGUCAAGUACGAUGUUGUUUUGACGACUUAUCCAACUCUUCUCGCCGAUUAUAAAGGUCGUCGAGUCCUUCAGGAUAUUGUUUGGUUUAGAAUUGUGCUUGAUGAAGCUCAUUACGUUCGAAACCACUCCACACAGAGAUCCAAAGCCGCCCACAGCCUUCAAGCCAGUCGAAGAUGGUGCUUGACAGGCACCCCAAUCCAGAACUCCCUCGAUGACUUGUGUUCCCUUCUCAAGUUUCUUCGCUUUCAACCUUUUGAUGGACAUUCCUUUUUCAACAAACACAUUGCUGAUCCACUAAGAAAAGAUCCCCACGAGGGCUUCCGAAAUCUCAGGAUUCUUCUGAGAACCAUUUGCCUCCGCCGAGGCGAGACCUACCUGGACCUUCCUCCCGACGAAACGACCGAGGUCAAAAUCUCGCUUACACCAAAAGAGAUGGGACUCUACCGAGGAAUCCUCGCAGAUUGUCAAAAACAAUUCGACGACGUUGUCAGCAAGAAGUCAAAGGCCAACAAUUAUACCAUCCUCUUCACCACGAUCAUGAAACUCCGCAGGCUUUGCAACCAUGGCAGCUUUCACGUUUCCAGUCGAGAUAAGGCUCUCUGCGAGUUCUGUUGUGGAGACUCCAAAGAGACAACGACGUUCCUUGACGGACUCGAGACGUGUCCUGAAUGCUCGCGGGCUCUGAAAAGCUCAAACAGAAAGACACUUGCUCCAUCGAUGAGACAAGAGUCGUCGCUCUCCCCAGCACCUUCAUUGUCUGCCCCGGGCUCUCCGAGCCGGCUAUCUAGCCCUGCAACUCCCGGGCCAGGGGAUGUUUUCACGGCUUGGCGAUCGACAUUAGACCUCCUCGAGCGAAUUCUUACCGAAAACGGAAUUCAAUGUCGCCGAAUCGACGGACAAGUCAGCAUCUCUGAUCGCACGGAGCGACUAUCGGAGUUUCAAUUUGACCCUGAAAACACCAUUCCUGUGCUGUUGCUGUCCAUUGAAACAGGGGCCGUUGGUCUCACGUUAACGGCAGCUGAUCGCGUUCAUAUCGUGGAGCCACAGUGGAAUCCUUCAGUUGAGCAGCAGGCCAUUGGAAGAGCUCUCCGCAUCGGGCAGACACGCAAGGUGACGAUUGUCAAAUACAUCGUACAGAACACCGUGGAGGAGAACAUUGUAACUCUUCAGAAGAAGAAAAGCGGCCUGGCCAAGUUCUCACUGGAUAGCCGUGCGGAGGACACCCAGAAUGAAGGGCUCGACGACCUCAAAUUUGUCCUUGAUAACUAG